UGGUGAAGUCGAAGAGAAGAAAAAAUUAAUUUUGAUUUUCCCUUCCAUGAGACGAAAGACGGCGGUGCAUUCAAUUGAAAGCUCCGCCACCGUCGGGCUAAAAACGAAGACGCUGAAGCACGGGACAUAGAGUGAGCGAAAGGUUAAGCAUAAAGUAGUAUGUCGCAGUUCUGGAAACCAGGCUCCGAGAGGCCUCGCCUGCUCGACGAUGAAGAAGGCGGAGUCCUCUUCUACAACUCCACUCAAUCCUCUUCCUCCGGAUUCGGGUAUGCGAGCAUCGAGAAGCAGAGGCAAAGGCUUCCCGUGUUCAAGUACCGUACGGCCAUACUGUAUCUGGUGGAGACUCACGCCACCACCAUUGUCGUCGGCGAGACUGGUAGUGGCAAGACCACCCAGAUCCCUCAGUACCUCAACGAAGCAGGUUGGGCUGAUGGUGGGCGUGUCAUAGCUUGCACCCAACCCAGACGGCUGGCUGCCCAGUCAGUGGCAUCAAGGGUGGCUGACGAGAUGGGUGUCAAGCUUGGAGAGGAAGUGGGCUAUACAAUUCGAUUUGAAGAUCGGACAACACAGGGCGUAACUAGGAUAAAAUUUCUCACAGAUGGGGUUUUACUUAGGGAAAUGAUGGCAGAUCCCCUUUUGACUCAGUACAGUGUAAUAAUGGUGGAUGAGGCUCAUGAAAGGUCUCUUUUUACUGACAUCUUAUUGGGACUCCUGAAAAAGAUCCAACGACGUCGACCUCAGCUGCGUCUCAUAAUCUCAUCAGCUACAAUUGAAGCAAAAUCAAUGUCUGCUUUUUUCCGGACCAGCAAAAGGCAUAGAGGAAUGGAAGUAGUGGACCCUGUACCCAGGCUAGACCCUGCCAUUUUAUCAGUUGAGGGCAGAGGAUUUGAUGUGCGAAUUCAUUAUCUUGAGGAGCCUGUCCCUGAUUAUCUCCGGGCCAUAGUUUCAACUGUCUUGUCAAUUCAUGAUCAGGAACCCAUGGGCGAUAUUCUGGUAUUCCUUACAGGUCAAGAUGAUAUUGAUGCUGCGGUCCAGUUGCUGACUGAAGAAACUCAAAAUAAUGGAAGGCGCUCUUCAGGAUUGAUUGCUUUGCCUUUACACUCAGGACUUUCACGUGCUGAUCAGGACCUAGUGUUUUCUCCAACUCCUCGAGGAAAAAGGAAAGUAGUGAUAUCUACAAAUAUUGCAGAGACAUCACUGACUUUAGAGGGUAUUGUCUAUGUUAUUGAUAGUGGGUUCUCAAAACAACGGUUCUACAACCCGCUAACAGAUAUUGAAAAUUUGGUUGUGGCACCUAUAUCCAAGGCAUCUGCUAGACAAAGGGCUGGUAGGGCUGGAAGAGUUCGAUCAGGGAAGUGUUACAGGCUCUAUACAGAGGAGUAUUUUGAAAAUGAAAUGCCUUCUCAGGGGAUCCCAGAGAUGCAGAGAUCAAAUCUAGUUUCCUGUGUGAUUCAGUUAAAGGCCUUGGGUAUAGAUAAUAUCUUGGGCUUUGAUUGGCCAGCAUCUCCCUCAGCUGAAGCACUGGUAAGAGCACUUGAAGUACUCUACUCUUUAGGAGUCCUUGACGAUGAUGCUAAACUUACUUCACCAGCUGGGUUUCAAGUUGCAGAGAUUCCACUUGAUCCGAUGGUCUCGAAAAUGAUUUUAUCUUCAAGUCAGCUAGAGUGUUCUGAGGAGAUCAUUACAAUUGCUGCUAUUCUCUCUGUUCAGUCUAUUUGGGUUUCUGUUAGAGGGGCACAAAAGGAGCUGGAUGAAGUGAAACUACGGUUUGCUGCAGCUGAGGGUGACCAUGUGACCUACCUUAAUAUAUACAAAGGAUUUCUCCAGUCUGGUAAAUCUUCACAGUGGUGUCAUAAGAACUUCGUGAAUUACCAUGCAAUGAAGAAGGUUAUUGAAGUUAGAGAACAGCUCAGAAGAAUAGCACAACGAGUAGGGAUAGUCUUAAAAUCUUGUGAAGGAGAUAUGCAGGCUGUAAGAAAGGCUAUUAUAGCUGGGUUUUUCACUAAUGCUUGCCAUUUGGAAGCAUUCAGUCAGAAUGGUAUGUACAAGACUAUCAGAAGUUCUCAAGAAGUUUAUAUUCACCCAUCAUCUGUGUUGUUCAGAGUUAAUCCAAAGUGGGUUAUAUACCAUUCUCUCGUCUCAACCGAUCGACAGUACAUGCGCAAUGUAAUGACCAUAGAUCCAUCUUGGCUUACAGAGGUUGCUCCGCAUUUUUAUCGGCGUCAACAAAAGAAUGCUAUUGCUCCUUGAGUGCCGACUGAACCAUCCUACUUUUUGUUCAAUAUAUAUUUUUCAAUGUUGGGCAGUGGCAACAAGAUGUAUGUGCAGCCUACUAAGUAUUUGUUCAUACACGAAUCAUAAUCUUGGGAACAGAAUGCUGAGGGAUAUAUAAAUUUUUACAUAUUCAGUUGAUGGUUCUUUAAUCACAGAAGCAUCUGUAUCAGGUAUUUUAGAUGUUGCUGAACUCAGAUGCUAGAGUGAUCAUGAACUGAAAGUAAUAUCUGAUUGAAACCGUUGAGAGUUGUUAAA